UUCAGGACUGUCAACAGAACCGGAGAACGGGAAAAAAAAUAAACGCGCCCCUUCUAAAUUGUCUCCACUUUAUUGUUUGUUUUAUGCAUUUUCUCUCUGCGCCGUGCGAUCGAUUCACGUCGCUAUGUUGACAUUAACGGCAUUGGAAGUAGACUUAAUGUCCUAGGGUGGUUAGAUAAAAAAAAAAAAAAAAUACUUAAGGGCGAAUAGUAGUUAGGAGGGAAGAGUAGAGAAAAUAAAGAGAAGGAAUAAGAUUUAACGAAAAAAUUGUAAGUAAGGGGCGCGUUCACUGCACUUUAGGAGGAUGUACUCGACAAAAGCAACAGCCAUGACGUUCCUGGUGGCCAUAUUUGCAGUGAGCCCACUUCAGUCUUCCGAAGAAAAAUACAACCCUCAGCAGCAGAAGAAACAGGUGUCCGAUUUUUUGGUCAGGCCGUUUUUCGACACGUCCGUAUCGUCAAACAUCACCACUCAAUUGGGCGGCCACGCUUACAUGCCAUGCAGGGUCAAGCAGCUCGGUAACAAAUCGGUGUCAUGGAUACGGCGGCGGGAUUCGCACAUACUCACCAUCGAUUGGCUGUUGUUCAUCGCCGACGAUAGGUUCCGAAUAUUUCUAGUUGAGCCCACGUGUACGUGGACGUUGCAGAUAAAAUAUGUGCAGCCCAGGGACGCCGGCAUUUACGAAUGUCAAAUAAAUACAUCACCUAAAAUGAGCCAUUUGGUUCAGCUCAAUGUCGUAGUGCCAAAGAUCGAGAUCAUGGGCGAGUCGGACAUCCACGUGAUGGAGGGCAGCUCGGUGAGCCUGAAGUGCGUGAUCCGGCAGAGCGUCCGGGACCCGGACUACAUAUUCUGGUACCAGAACAACAAGCGGGUGCUGGACUACGGCAAGGGCGCCAAGGUGAUCAGCAGCGAAAGGUUGGACGCCAACACGAUGGUGGCCACGUUGACCAUCAACAACGCGGUGCUGCACGACUCGGGCAACUACACGUGUCAGCCGUCCAACUUGGACUCGGCCAGCGCGUACCUGCACGUCCUGAACGGCGAACAUCCGGCAGCCAUACAGCGGGGACACAGUUCCGGCACUCAGAUACCCAUCCGCCUCUUGGGACCCUUGUCGGCCGUGUUGGGACUCAGCUCCAGCCAUUCGACGAGGGCCGCGCUGCUGACGACUGCUUUCGCCGUCGACCUGGCCGUCCGGACAGUGUACUCGAUGAUCGUCUAAACGGGCGAUUCCGCUCGGGACCCGAUCGCGAGGAGCCUGCGGUACAGCAGCCGCCGCCGCCGAACCGACCGAACACGACUUACAUACCAAAUAAUAUUAUUCAAUAAAAAAGAAAGAAAAAUACCCCCCCCCCUCGAAAAAUAUUACAUGACGUUGCCGACGGAAAAACCACGUCCGAGGGCGUGCAAGAAAGCGCAUAAUAAAAAUAAUAUGUUACCGAAGUACAUUUUUCGCCGCGCCACGGAUAAUGUAGAGCAAAGUCGAUUUGUUUUCCCUAUUAAUUAUUACCAUUAUUUUAAUUCAUCAAUUAUGAUUUUUAAUAUUAAUAUCGUGUUAAUACCCAUGCGGCGGUGACGAGUCUAUGUACAUAUAAUAAUAUAAUAUUAUGCUCGAACCGCGGGUGUCCGUCGGCGACGCGUUCUUUUCCGGACGUGUACAGUUUUUUACGUGUAUUUACUAUAUUAUAUUAUAACUAUCAUUAUUAUUAUUAUUACUAAGAUUAUUAUUAUUGGAUGUCAAAAUGUAUGAAAAAAGAUUGAAAAAGUUACU